CGGUUGCAAGGUUUUAGCCGUGUCGGUCCUUUACGGUUUUCUAAAAAAUAGCUUUUCAGUAUUUUUUAGUUGUUAAUUUACUUAUAUUUAUACAGCUUAAGAAAAUGGUUGCCAAAGGGAAGAUGUAUGUCCUGAAACGCAAUGGGCGCAAGGAGGAGGUUCACUUUGACAAAAUCACUUCAAGGAUACAAAAGUUGUGUUACAAUUUGGAUAUGGAUUAUGUUGAUCCUACAUCGAUUACAUUCCGUGUCAUCAGUGGAUUGUACCCAGGAGUCACAACAGUUGAACUUGAUAAUCUGGCAGCUGAAACUGCUGCAACAAUGACAACAAAACAUGCUGAUUAUGCCAUUUUAGCAGCUAGAAUAGCAGUAUCCAAUCUCCAUAAGGAAACAAAGAAAGUAUUUAGUGAUGUCAUGAAUGAUUUGUACAACAUAGUUGAUCCCUUUUCCAAAGAACAUAAACCAAUGAUUAGCACAUGCUAUAAUGAAAUCAUUCAAGAACAUAAGGAUAAAUUAAAUUCAGCCAUUAUUUAUGACAGAGAUUUUGGAUACAACUAUUUUGGAUUUAAGACACUGGAAAGAAGUUAUUUACUGAAGAUUAAUGGCAAAGUAGUUGAGCGUCCUCAACAUAUGCUAAUGAGAGUUGCUGUUGCUAUUCACAAAGAGGAUAUUGACAAGGUCAUUGAAACUUACAAUUAUAUGUCUGAACGAUAUUUUACUCACGCAUCCCCUACGCUGUUUUCUGCAUGCACUCUCAGACAACAAAUGUCAAGCUGUUUCCUCCUUACCAUGACUGAAGAUAGUAUCGAAGGCAUCUAUGACACAUUGAAGAGGUGUGCUCUGAUCAGUAAAUCUGCUGGUGGAAUUGGACUCAGUGUCCACACUAUCAGAGCUAAAGGCACUCCAAUCGCUGGUACAAAUGGUGUAUCAAAUGGUUUAGUUCCUAUGAUCAGAGUAUUUAACAAUACCGCACGUUACGUUGAUCAGGGUGGCAACAAAAGACCAGGAGCCUUUGCAAUAUACUUAGAACCUUGGCAUGCAGAUGUUUUUGAGUUCUUGGAUCUGAAAAAGAAUACAGGGAAAGAGGAGAACAGAGCUAGAGAUCUUUUCUAUGCUCUAUGGAUUCCUGAUCUGUUUAUGCAAAGAGUGUUGGAAGAUGGAAAAUGGUAUUUGAUGUGUCCACAUGAAUGUCCUGGAUUGCCUAAUGUUUGGGGACAAGAGUUUGAGAAGUUAUAUGAAAAAUAUGUGGAAGAAAAACGUUACAAACGAGAAAUUAACGCUAGAGAGCUGUGGACUGCUAUUCUAAUGUCCCAAGUUGAAACUGGAACUCCUUACAUGUUGUACAAAGAUCACUGCAACCGCAAGUCUAAUCAGCAAAAUCUUGGUACUAUUAGAAGUAGCAACUUAUGUACUGAAGUUGUGCAAUACUCUUCACCUGAUGAAGUAGCUGUAUGCAACUUGGCUUCUAUUGCUGUCAACAUGUUUGUAAACACUAACAAGAGAACUUACGACUUUAUCAAGCUUAAAGAAAUUGUGAAGAUUACAACGAAGAACUUGGAUAAGAUUAUUGACCUCAACUAUUAUCCAAUCAAAGAAGCUGAAAAUUCAAAUAUGAGACAUAGACCUAUUGGUAUUGGAAUUCAAGGAUUGGCAGAUGCAUUUUUGUUAAUGCGUCAUCCAUUCGAGAGUGAAGAAGCUCAAAAGCUUAAUAUUCAAAUUUUUGAAACCCUCUAUUAUGGUGCUUUAGAGGCUAGUUGUGAAUUGGCUCAGGAGAAAGGAAAAUAUUCCAGCUACGAAGGGUCUCCAAUUAGCAAAGGCAUUUUGCAAUAUGACAUGUGGAAUGUUACUCCGACGAAUCUGUGGAACUGGGCAGCACUGAAAGAUAAAAUUGCACAGCAUGGAGUUCGUAAUUCGCUUCUACUUGCGCCAAUGCCGACUGCAUCAACUGCUCAGAUACUUGGCAAUAAUGAGUCCAUUGAACCAUACACCAGUAACAUCUAUUCAAGGCGCGUACUUUCUGGGGAAUUCCAAAUCGUCAACCCACACUUGCUGAAGGAUCUGACUGAGAGAGGCUUGUGGGAUGAGGAUAUGAAAAAUGAAAUGAUCGCCAAUAAUGGAUCUGUUCAAGCCAUAAACCGUGUGCCAGAUGAUUUGAAGCAAUUGUAUAAGACAGUUUGGGAGAUUUCUCAAAAGACAAUUUUGAAAAUGGCUGCAGAUCGCGGUGCCUUUAUCGACCAAUCUCAAUCUUUGAAUGUUCAUAUGGCCAAACCAACUACUGAAAAACUCACAUCUAUGCAUUUCUACGGUUGGAAAGCUGGACUGAAAACUGGAAUGUACUACUUGAGAACGAAACCGGCGGCAAAUGCCCUGCAGUUCACGGUCGACAAGUCCAAGCUCAAAAAUGCAAAUACCGUUGCAAACGGAGUAAAACCGGAGACGAAUGGUACGAAUGGCACAGUUGAAGAAGACGAAGAUCCAGUGCUCGUCUGUUCACGAGAAAAUGGUGACGCUUGCAUGAUGUGCAGUGCUUGAAAGUAUCAUAAUUAAUAGUUUAAUUUACAAGUGCAUUACAUUUUAAUAACUUUUUCAUCGGAAAAUUGAACUUUUUUUUUAUAUUUAUGGGGUUCAUUGACUGAACAGAAUUUUAAGCGUGUAGACUAUGAGUUAAUGCGCUAAAUUUAAUUUUAUGGUGGCAAUAUCAUUUUACGAUUCGAUCACCUCCUUUUUACGGUUCGUAUUAUAUAGUCAGUCCUUUUUGCUAAACAUACAACUUGUAAGUUAACGUCAUGCCCGGUUAGUAGAUGACACUUAAUCUUAUACUAAAAUAUUUAUUUUAAGUUAUUGCACUUUUACAUGAUUCAAUAUUGAUUGAGCCGACAGUGAUUUUUAUGACAUAUCCGAAAUUAUAACAUGUGCAAAGCUUAUAUUAUGUUUUAUUAUUUUAAAAUAGACUGUUAAGGUUCGCUGGAACAUUGAGACUCGAAUUAGUUAUAUAAAGAAAAUUAUGUGAAUGCGUUUUCCUUAACUUUAUCAUACUGUACAAAGAUAAUCCAUGAGACUU